AUGGACAGUAGCUGCCUCAACGCGACCGCCAAAAUGCUAGCGACUGCUCCAGCUCGGGGAAACGUGAUGAGCACAUCCAAACCCUUGGCUUUCUCCAUCGAACGAAUCAUGGCGCGCACCCCUGAGCCUAAGGCCCUGCCGGUCCCCCACUUCCUGCAGGGAGCCGUGCCCAAAGGAGACCCCAAGCAUUCUCUGCAUCUCAACUCGUCGAUCCCCUGCAUGAUCCCUUUCGUUCCCGUGGCGUACGACACGAACUCUAAAGCGGGGGUGAAUGGCUCAGAGCCCCGCAAGGCCGGCUUGGAGGUUCCCGCGCCGCCCGCCGUGGCGCCCUCGGCGCCGGCGUUCAGCUGCAGCGACCUGCUCAACUGUGCGCUAAGUCUCAAGGGCGACCUGGCCCGCGACGCGCUGCCACUGCCGCAGUACAAGCUGGUAAGGCCGCGUGUGGUCAACCACUCUUCGUUUCACGCCAUGGGCGCCCUGUGCUACCUGAACCGAGGUGACGGCCCGUGCCACCCGGCUGCGGGCGUGAACAUCCACCCGGUGGCCUCUUACUUUCUCAGUUCCCCUUUGCACCCACAGCCCAAAACAUAUUUAGCCGAAAGGAAUAAACUGGUUGUCCCGGCGGUGGAGAAGCUCCCUUCGGGAGUAGCUUUCAAAGACCUGUCCCAGGCUCAGCUGCAGCAUUACAUGAAAGAAAGCGCCCAACUUUUGUCGGAAAAAAUCGCUUUCAAAACCUCGGAUUUCAGCCGCGGCUCUCCUAAUGCCAAACCCAAAGUUUUCACUUGUGAAGUCUGCGGAAAGGUCUUUAAUGCGCACUAUAACUUAACUCGUCACAUGCCGGUGCACACAGGAGCCAGACCCUUCGUGUGCAAAGUGUGUGGGAAAGGUUUCCGGCAAGCUAGUACCCUUUGCCGGCAUAAGAUCAUCCACACACAGGAAAAACCUCACAAAUGCAACCAGUGCGGUAAAGCGUUUAAUAGAAGUUCCACGUUAAACACACAUACCCGAAUUCACGCGGGCUACAAACCAUUCGUGUGCGAAUUCUGUGGCAAAGGAUUCCAUCAAAAAGGGAAUUACAAAAAUCACAAGUUGACCCACAGCGGGGAGAAGCAGUUCAAGUGCAAUAUCUGCAACAAGGCUUUCCACCAGGUGUACAACCUCACCUUCCACAUGCACACUCACAACGACAAGAAGCCUUUCACCUGCCCCACGUGUGGCAAAGGCUUUUGUAGGAACUUUGACCUCAAGAAGCACGUCCGCAAGCUACACGACAGCAGCCUGGGGCUGACCCGCACUCCCACUGGGGAUCCCGGCAGCGACCCGCCGCCUCAGCUGCAACAGCCGCCGCCUGCGCCUCUGCCGCCACUGCAGCCUACAUUGGCGCCUCCCGGGCCUCUGCCAUCUGGGCUUCACCAAGGCCAUCAGUGA